AUGGUGCCGCUGUGGGUGGAAGAGGGUGCGGAGGAAGGCAGCGAGGAGGGAGGCAGAACGCGCCGCGCGCCCUCUGAGCACGCGGCGCGAUGGCACGCGCGUCACCUGGAGCGCGUCGGACAUUUGGACCGUCGGCGCAGUGCCGGCGGCGUCGUUGGCCGAUGGGUCCGCGCCGCCGCCGCCGGCCCCGGCCGGCCCAUAGUCCGGCUCAAGCCCUGCCUUUCUGUCUGCCAGCUCGUCGAGCAACACUGCCCCUACUUCCUACCGGCGGAUCGCGCGCCUGCAUACCCCACACAAUACGCCGGUGAACCCACGUUCCUAUGUCUCGACCCGCGUAUCCCAGAGACGGGUGCACAGGCGAACAAGUCCAACUACGGGUGGGACGAGUGCUGUUACUGGUACUGCGAGGGGCGGCUGUGCUACCGGUGCGAGUCGCGGCUCAGCGAGGCGCCGCGGCCUGAGGGGGAGCGCUGCGCCGCUGUGGAAGAGCGCGUGCCUUCGUGCUCGGUACCUUAUCAGGCACCGGGUGGUGCCUGUGCGCUCUCCCCAGGCACGGCGCUUAUCCUUGCUGCGAUACUAUUCGCGCUCUCCAUACAUGCACGGACUCACUGGACCAUAGGCACGCCAAUAGUGAAAGUGCGCGAUUCAUGGUUAUAG